AUGGAGAUUCCAGAGCCAAUCCUCCAGUCCUCCAGCUCCGUCUUUCUAUUUGUGGCUCUGCUGAUCCUGCUGCUCGUCUAUUUCAUCUCCUCCUCCAGUUUUCACCCCAAGGAAGACAGGAAGGAGCCUCCAGGACCAAAACCACUUCCAGUUCUUGGGAAUCUGCUCCAGCUCGACAGCAAGAUACCCUACAACACAUUAGCAGAGCUGUCUAAGGAAUAUGGCUCGGUCUUCACGGUCUACUUGGGUCUGAAGAAAGUGGUGGUGCUGGCAGGAUGCAAGACAGUGAAGGAGGCACUUGUGAAUCAUGCUGAUGAGUUUGGAGAUAGAGAUCCAUUAGAGAUCAUGCACGAUUUAAAUCAGGGACAUGGUAUUCUAUGGUCAAACGGCAAUUCUUGGAGAGAGAUGAGGCGUUUCGCCUUAAUGAACCUGAAAGACUUCGGCAUGGGAAAGAGGGCAUCAGAGGACAAGAUCAUUGAGGAAUGUGAACAUCUCACUGAGCUGUUUUUAAAAUUUAAAGGUAAAGCUUUUGAUACGACUGAACCGCUGAGCUAUCCGGUCUCUAACAUCAUCUGCUCCAUGGUCUACGGCAGCAGAUUUGAUUAUGACAGUCCAGUGUUUACUACUCUGCUAGAGCGCAUUCACAAACAGGGUCCUCUCCUGGGUUCCCUGUCAGUGAAGAUCUACAACCUGUUUCCCUGGACCUGCAAAUGGAUCUCUAACAGGAAGGACUUCCUUAAAUUGGGCGAUGCAACCAGGAAGCAGAACAUAAACCUCUUCAGUCAGUUGAAAGAGACCCUCAAUCCAGAGAGGUGCAGAGGUUUUGUGGAUGCCUUUCUGGUCAGAAAGCUGAAGCUGGAGGAGUCUGGGAUUACCAACAGUCAUUUCCAUGAUGAAAACCUUGCGAUGAUGGUGAUGAAUCUAUUUUCUGCUGGGACUGACACGACUGCAACGACACUGAGAUGGGCUCUUCUGUUCAUGGUCAAGUAUCCAAAAAUACAAGACCAGGUCCAAGAGGAGCUCAGUAAAGUUCUAGGGAGUCGUCAAGUACGACUAGACGACAGGAAGAAUCUUCCUUUCACCAACGCUGUCAUCCAUGAGACACAGAGACUGGCUAACAUCGCACCUGUAGCCAUUCCUCAUAGAGCAAGCAGAGACGUUACCUUCCAGGGUCACUUCAUUAAGAAGGGGACCGCAGUCUACCCUCUGUUGACAACCGUCCUGUACGAUGAGAACGAGUGGGAGACACCUCACACCUUCAACCCCGCCCACUUCCUCAACAAAGAUGGAAAGUUUGUAAAACCAGAUGCCUUCAUGCCUUUUUCUGCAGGUCGUAGAGCUUGCCUCGGAGAGAGUCUGGCCAGGAUGGAGCUCUUCAUCUUCUUCUCUACGCUCCUGCAACGCUUUCACUUCACUCCUCCUGCUGGAGUCUCAGAGGAUGAAAUAGAUCUGACUCCAAAGCUGCUGCUUCUCUGUGAUCCCCCGACUCACACUCUGUGUGCUGUUCCCCGUAUGUAA